GGCAACAUGAGCCCGGCCCCAGCGUACACCUUGCGUCCGCUAGAGCGCAAUCCGCCCAGUAUCCCAACCAAUACGCUCGAGGGCGGUGCCUUUCGCGUCCAUCUGUCGCAAAAAGAACUCAAAGGCCUCGGGCUCGCCAAUGGCGACUGCGUGCGGCUCAGCACUGCAGCAGGCUUCAAAGGCUAUGGUGUUGCGUGGAUGGCCUCGCAGACGAAUCCCGGAAACAAACCCCUUGCCAAGGUGACUGAUCUCCUGCGCGAACACUAUGACCUUUCCCUCAACGAUCCCGUCUUCAUCGAAAAGACCGACUCUUGGAAGCCCCUCAAGUCUGUAGAAAUUAGUCUUGCCGAGUCACCCACGCCGGCUGCCAAGUUUGCUUCGAGUGAGCAGCUUGCAUACUGGCUUCGCCAUGCCCUGGCAGCCGACGCCGACAUCAUCCUGCCAGGAUGCAGUUUUCCCAUCCAGCAAAAGGGCUUCAAGCAAAGAGGCUCAAAGGUUCGGGUAACAGUGCAAAGCAUAGAUCCGCCUCCCAGCGAAAAACACGCAGUUUAUUUUGACGAGAUUGCUACUCAAAUCAACAUUGUUGGCGGCUUCACGCCCGAACAAUCGGUACCAAAACCUUCAGGCGUGCUUCGACUAAAGCCCGACGGCAUUGGUGGUCUCUCGGACCACAUUUCGACCAUCAAUGAAGAUCUCGCGUUUCUUACCAACAGCCUGCCUCAUCUGCACAAUCGACACCUGCUCGGGCCCACUGCCUUUCUCUUGCAUGGCCCAGAGGGUACCGGCAAAAGUCUUCUACUCGAGCGACUGGCAGAAUGUUCGUGGGCCCAAGUGUACAGGAUCAACCCCGACACAAACCCCAAAGGACAAGCCAAGGUCGUCUCUGAAAUCUUCGAGGAUGCCCGUGAAAACCAGCCUAGCCUGAUUUUGAUGGACAACCUAGACCGGCUUCUGGACAAGGCCGAUUCGCUUGUAAAUAGACUGCGGAUUGAGUUGGCUACUUUGGGGGGAAGUCAAGUAGUCGUCGCAGCCGCUGCGCGCAGUGUAUACGACGUCGACUCCAGUCUGCGGACAGCAACAGCCUUUCAGACUGAGCUUGAGUUGUUGCCACCAAAUGCGAAGCAGCGGGAGGACAUUAUACGCCAGAUACUAGGCCCUGCCUGCAACGUUCCAAGUGUCGACUUUACAGCACUUGCAGAGCGUUCGCACGGCUUCGUUGGUCGUGAUAUUGCCAGUCUAUGCUACCUCGCCAGAAAGCGACACACGCGGCGUCUUGACAAGCUGAUUGACAAAAAGGAAAAGGUCGGGCUCAGCAAGGUGGAUGAACAAACCGACUUUGUCGAGCAGGAGGAUUUCGAAGCCGUUAUAGAGCAAGUGCGCCCCACGGUGCUCAAGGACAGCAUUCUCGAAGUGCCAAAGGUCAGAUGGACAGACAUUGCCGGCCUAGAUCACGUACGGGCUGUGCUCGAAGCCAUUACCAUUCGCCCAUUCAAGUACCCAGACCUCGACGUCAAAUUUGGCGGGCCCCAAUCACGUAAAGGCGUUCUUCUAUACGGGCCCCCGGGUUGCGCAAAGACACUGAUCGCCCAGGCCGUCGCGACCGAAAGCAAACAAAAUUUCCUAGCUGUCAAGGGCUCGGAACUCAUCAAAAUGUACGUUGGCGAAUCGGAGCGGGCGAUUCGGGAUGUGUUCCGCAGGGCACGAGCAGCAAAGCCCUGCAUCAUCUUCUUCGACGAGAUUGACUCGAUUGGAAAGUCGCGUGAAAAGACGCAAGACAGUGGCUUGAACGUGGUUACGACUUUGCUCAACGAAAUGGACGGUAUUGAGGCGCUCAAAGACGUAUUCAUCAUCGGCGCGACUAAUAGGCCCGAUAUACUUGAUUCAGCGCUCAUCCGUACGGGCCGUUUUGACGCGCACAUCCACAUUGGUCUCCCGACUGAGGAAGCGCGGAAGCAGAUUCUACAGAUUCACACCAGGUCGAGACCGCUCGCCCCGGACGUGGACCUGGACACCGUUGCCAAGAAGACUCAGGGUAGCAGCGGGGCAGACAUAAGCGGGCUGUGUGCCGUUGCUAUUGAGAUGGCGAUUUCCGACUACACGGCGAAUCCAGAUAGCGCACCUCUGGUGCACAUGCGCCACUUUGAACAGGCUUUACAGCAACACGUCCCGCACACGAUUGCGGCCGAGGCUGAGCGGUACAGGAACUGGAGGCCUGGUAAGUCGCUCUCCGAGGAUUGA